CCUAGAGCAAAACACGGGGAUGGCUGUUUCCUCAUGUGGUGAUGCUGUUGUCAGUGAGCUAAUGGCAGAAUACACUCCUAGAUCUACUGAAAGGUAAGACGCCACCAUGGCAGCCUUUGCUCGUCAAUAUGACAACGAUUCUCACCUAAAGCUGCUGUGUCCUUCCUUGAGAAGAAUGGGUUGAAUGACCAAACUUAUCCUGAUCUGAACCCUUGAGGGGAUUUCUGAAGAGACAAGUAAGCAGCAAUCUCCACCCAGCUUCCAGGCUCUAAAAGUAGCUGAACUUGAAGAAGAGACAAAGUUAGUUGUUGUGGAGUGUUUCCAGCUUGUUCUUUCCAUGCCUGGAAUUUUGUAUUUUACUAUCCAUGUUUCAUUAUUAACCAUGAUUUCCUGGUAGGAGUUAGGCGUAGUUUCUCCCUUUUUGGUUUUGUGUUUAUUAAUAAAAUGAUAAAAAAAAUGUUAAUUUUCAAUGGGGUUGGCAUACUGAUUUAUGCUGAGCUCUGUAUUUACAGGUUGUCAGAAUACAGCAGUUUCAUCAUAACGUAUAGCAACAUGAAAUAAUAACAGUUAUACUCCAACAAUACAGGGUGACAAAACCAGUAAAUACUUUAAAUGAAAAGGGAUCCUGGUUUAUUGAUUUUUACAGAACGUUUAACACCAGCUCCACUGUUUUAGACUCUUCCAACAUUUAAUGCAGCCUCCUCUUCAGAUCCAUCUUUGUUGUCUUUAAACCAAAUUUCUAUUAUUUCACGUCUGAGUUCCUCAUUCAUAAAUGUUGGAUAAAAUUUGAAAAAAAAUCUAGAAGCAUUUUCCAAAGCUCUUACUUAUUUGAGCAACGUUUUGAUUCAGGCAACUUUGCAGCUACCAAAGCUGAACACACAUAUGUCUUUGCCACUGGUUAAUCUGAUUGUUUCCCUGUUUCUGUAUGCAGUUGUGUCAACAGGCAGCCUAAGCAGUGGGUUCCCCGGUAGAGAAGAGAUACCGAGAACAAGACUCAGAACCUUCAUGGAGUUAUUAGACAGGCAGUUUUUCUUUAGGUCUUUCUGAUUCAGCUGGUUCUCAGUGGAGAGUGAAUGGGAACUCUUUUGUCAACCCCAGUAUGCCCAAUGACAUCAACAUGAAAGAGGAACUAGAGGAACUAGAACUACAGGAGACAAGUGUAACCAAAGAGGAACCAGAACGACACAAACAAGAACAGGGCUCUGUGGGGAUUCCUGAAUAUUUGGAAAUACUCGACAAUGUUCCAGAACUGCAGCAGAUGAUGGAGACAAAGGAGGAAUCAGAACCUUCACGGAUUAAAGAAGAACCGGAAGAAUCAGAACCUCUACAGAUUAAGGAGGAACACAAGGAUUUCUUCUUUAAUGACGAGCAGGUCAUAGUGAAGGAAGAGACUGACUCCUUCGUAUUAACCCUAACUGCUGAUCAAAAGCACAACGGCGACCUAGAACUAAACGGUUACCAACACCUCUCUGCAGCCUCUUCUGAAGUCCAGAACCAACAUGAACAAGGCAGAAACCAGAGAGACUCAAGGUCCAUGGAAAGGCUUAAACCAUACAAGAGGCAUCAGAAGUCUAAGAACCCUAGUGACUGUUUGGACAAAAAGCCUAAAAGAAGGAAAACGAAAAUAUGCUCCUGUGAAGUGUGUGGUAAAUGUUUUAAACAGCACAGGUACCUGAAUGCACACAUGAUGACGCACACAGCUGAGAAGCCUUUCUCUUGUCCCACUUGUGGAAAAAGUUUCCGCAGGCAGCCUGAGCUGACUCAGCACAUGCGGACUCACACAGGAGAGAAGCCGUUCCGCUGCCCGAUUUGCGGUAAAGGUUUUAUCCAGAAAACCACCUUAAAUUAUCACAUGAGAACACACACGGGCGAGAAGCCGUACGGUUGUGGGUUUUGUGGUAAAUCUUUCAUUCAGAGAAGUGAUUUGACCUGCCACCUUCGGAUUCACACAGAUGAGAAACCAUACUGCUGUGAGUUGUGCAGCAAAUCUUUCAGACACAGCAGUGAUUUGACUCGCCACAGGAGAACACACACAACUGGGAAGCCUUUCUCCUGUCCCACUUGUGGACGCGCCUUCAGCAAACAGUGUAAACUGAGCCGUCAUGAGAGAAUCCAUGAUAGUGAGAAGACUUAUUCUUGCGAGUCUUGCGAUAAAUCAUUCAGGCGGCGUUCUGAUUACGAACGUCACCUGAGAACGCACACAGGUGAGAAGCCUUUUGAUUGUGAGUUGUGUGAGAAAUCUUUCAGACAAAGGGGUGAUUUGACACGUCACAUGAGAACCCACACAGGUGAAAAGACAUCUGUGUGUAAAGUUUGUGGUAAAAGUUUCAGUAAUUCCAGUAGUAUGCUCAGACAUAUGAGAACGCACACCGGGGAGAAGCCUUAUAUCUGCAAAGUGUGUGGGAAGCUUUUUGGAUUCGGUGGUCAUUUGACCGUUCACUUGAGGACGCAUACUGGUGAGAAACCAUGUUCCUGUAAGGUUUGUGGUAGAUCUUUUAGUGACAGCAGCAGCAUGGCCAGACAUAUGAGGACCCACACGGGGGAGAAGACAUAUCCCUGUGAACUGUGUGAGAAAUCUUUCAGGCAGAGUUGGGAUUUGGCUCGUCAUCGUAGAACUCACACAGGUGAGAAACCCUUCCAAUGUCUGGCGUGUGGGAAAGGUUUUGUCCAGAAAACAACUCUGAGUUAUCAUAUGAGAACCCACACUGGAGAGAAACCUUUUCCUUGUGAAAUAUGUGAUAAAUCUUUCCGACAGAGGAACGAUCUGACGCGUCACAUGAGAACCCACACUGGUGAGAAACCGUAUCGUUGUGAAAUGUGUGAUAAAUCUUUUAGGCAGAGUAAUGAGUUAACCCGUCAUGUUAAAACUCACACAGGCGAGGAUCUAAGUUGUUCGGCCAGUCUUUCAGAGGAAGUUUGACUAAUAUGUGAAGAAUUGAUCCCAGUGAGGUUCUGGAACAAUAUUGU